AGUCGCACCGCGAGCUUAGUCGUUUUGGAACUUUUCACGCGUUCGCUGCCUCAGUCUUUCGUUUCGUUUCGUCUUUGUGAGUGAUCCAUUCCGCUUAACAAUGAAAUACGCUGUGAUUGCCAUCGCUCUGUUUGCGAUUUCUGCCGCCUCGGCCUCUUCCGCUGGCCAGUUCUUGCCCCGUGCCUUCUUCACCUUGGACUCGGAGGGUCACCCGUCGGAUGUCCACCCCGUUAAUGGCCAUCUGCUGAGGCGUCUGCGUCGCCAGGUGUUUAGUUCGUCAUCCUCGUCAUCAUCCUCCUCAUCCUCCAGUGGAAACGGAGGUACCUAUACCUACGCCUCGCACUCUGUUCAAAAUCCCGAUGGCUCCAUUCAAGCGGGCAGCUCUUACACCCAGCAGAAUGCUGCUGCCGUGCCUGCGAGUGUGUCCCUUGAUAGCCGUGUUGGCGAGGACUCCCCCACUGGAAACUAUAAUCCCAGCUCCAACAACGGCCCAUACAACAACGGCGCGUACAACAACGGCGCCUACAACAGCGCUUCGAACAUCAACACCAUCAACGCAUUUGGAUCCCUCAGUAGCUCACAGCAGAGCUACGGAUCCGGAGCCGUGCCCGUCACCCAAAUCCAUCAAACCUUGACCACCAUCGAUGCUAAUGGCAAACAGAAAAUGACCACCAUACAUGGAGCUACCGAUGACAGCGGUGUUCUUAACGUCCAGAAGACCGAAACCAAUUAAAGUGGUUAGAACAUAGGUUUUUUCGAAUGUAAACUUUUAUACAUUAAAGUAAUGUAAAUUAA